AAUAGUCCGGCGGCGGCAUUCCGACCUUGCGUGACAAGACCGCGGGUUGCCAGUCGGCGAGGAACACCCAACGGAAGAGGUGACUACGGCUCGCAGGUGACACAAUGAGGAAUCCCAAGUUUCUGUUGGUGGUGGUCAUUGUUGCUGUCUGUGCAACCGGCGCGCAGAGUCAGUUCUUCGACAACGUCAAGAACAGUUUCGAAAAGUUUGGCCAGAGCGUCGGGGACUGGGGAAAAGGAGCUUCUGAGGAUGUGAGAAAUUGGGGCAAAGGCGUCCUGGACAAGAUCAACAGCUUCAAGGACUCGGCAAUGGCAAAAUUCCAAGACAAACUCCCAGACACCGUUAAAGGAUGGAUCGGAAAGGGAGAUUACAGGAACGCUAACGUCACCGAGAUACUGGAGAAGAUGCCUACUCAGGCAUGGUACGUCAUGAAGCUUGACAACCUAAGAAGUCUCGGAAGGGAUAAUUUCACGAGGCUAAUCAACGAAGGCAGGGACAAAAUACCUCCCAAGGUCCUUCAGGAGCUGAAAAACAUGCAGAUGACCAACGUCACCAGGGACGAGGCCAUCGCCGCCCUAAAGGAAACAAUUUGCCGUAUGGGCGAGGGAGGUCAGGAAUGUACAGUACCCGACAAAAUUCUGAGAGCCUACGAAAACAGACUUGGAGACCCAGCAACAAUCACGGACAAAAACAUCACGCUCUUCGGCAAUAAUGCAAUCCUUAAUCUUUCUCCGACGUUCAUCAAUAAAAUAACAAACCCUGCCGCUCUAAAGAAAAUAAAUGAAAUUCUCAAACCCUGCGUUGACUCCCAGUCUCUCCGAUGCCCGAGCAAAAUAUUUAGCCAGCGUCUCAUAAACAAAAACAACAAGGAGAUCUAUGGAAAAGUGGACAGAUGGACUCCAGAAAACAUCACCGAUAUGGGAGGUGUCAAAUCUCUCCAACCCAUGACGAUAUCUCGUCUCUCAGCCAAGACACUGCUGGGCAUCAAGCCAGAUGUCAUUACGACGGAAUUCUCCACGAAUGAUGGUCGCCAGGUCUUGCGCGCUUACGUGAGGGCCGAGAAAGUCAUCGCCAUGGACGUGGCACAGGCAAUGAACUGGACUAAUAACUUGGGCAGCCUGAGAAAAUACCUGCUUUCAAGUGAUCUCCCAGUUUCCGUGCGUGACAACGCCAACCUGGUGCCCGUACUACAAGAAAACGCAAAGCGGUUGGCCAACGAAGGCAGAAUUCCACCAAGGGCUGCUAAAACACUAGUGAAGGAUAUGUUAAAAGGGAAAACCGCUGACCAAAUGACAGAGGCAGAUGUAACUGCAGCAGGAGUCUUACUAGGAGAAGCAGCACCUAACGUCUUGAAGAAGCUAAUCACGAACAAAACCCUCAAAGGAAACAACCUUAGGGCGAUCGGGGACAUCUUCAAGUUAUCUGGCCCAGGAUCGCUAGCAAAGGGUCAAACGCUGACUGCUGCCAUCAGCAAGGACACGGCCGUCUCCAGCAUCCCUCCAAACCUGGUCGGAUUUAUGUCCAUGGAACAGAUCAACACCAUGACGGACGCGGAUGUCCAGAAGUACUUCUCAGCGUCACUGGGGAAACCGUGGGUUCUGACUGAGGCCCAGAAAUCGGCUAUGGUUUCCAAGGUUUCCGAUAAAACGUUGGUUCCUCCGGCCUUCAGGAGCACUAUACCCACCUCGAUGCUCAAGGACAUGAGCUCGAAUCAGCUGAAAAUGCUGGCACAGGCGAUGCCCCGAACUUCUCCUGUGACCCUCAAGGCCAGUGCUAAAGCUUUCGGUGACAAGAUGAACAUUACGGCCGCUGACAUUGACAGCAACCUGGAGCAAACUUCCUACAUGACCGCAGCGGACGCUGACAAAAUCAAUGUUGGCGAUAUAUGGACUGUUUUGAUGAAACUCACCAAUGCUGUGCCACCAUCAAUGGAUGUGUGCCGCGUUCUCAAGAACAAACUCCUCAUGGUGGCUGAGAAAGAACGGGGCAUCAAAGGUCCAGUUGAAUUCGCACAGACAAUGACCUCCGGAGACGUCAACAACAUACCACUUUGCGUUGUAGCUGCCCUGGGAGCUGACGCCGUCAAGUCUAUCUCACCUGAUCUGAAGCUCACAUUACUGCAAAAGAUGAGCAAAGUGGACCAGUCCAUGAGCAUCACUAGAAGCAUCAGAAGACUCAUCAUAUCUGAAGGAAUAAAACUGAUGACCGAUGCGGAGAUGAUCGGCUCUGACGUCACACUUAUGCUCGGAAUGGCCAACUUGGACCUCCCAUCUGAUCUACUCAUGAAACUGGACGCAGAAGCAGGAGUCGAAUACCUCUCCUACAUGGAACGAAUGUUGGCAAGCUCCCACAUCCCUUGCAUAGACGACAGCCAGGCAGAUGAGAUUGUGAAACUUAUGGAACGGGUCCAUGGAAAGGUGAGCAACUGGGAGAGCUUAGAAGGCCGAUGCUGUCUGCUGAUACUCAUGGACACCACCAAACUUAACCAAAUCAGUUCAGACGUCCUCGCCUCUUGUACCUGCAAUCCGGACGUGACCGGAUUCCAAGAUUACGUUGACGCUAGGGAGAGCCUUUGCGAAGCUGAGACCGGCAUAGACAUGGGUGGCAUCGCUGACCAGAAGCAAAUGGAAAUCGCAGAUAAGCAAAUGGCAGCAGCACUGGAGUCUCUGGACGACAUCAACGCCAGAAGAAGAAAGAGAGAGGCACCGACCACAGCCUGUGACACAGCCUCCAUUGGAGGAGCAAGCUUGUUGUCUGUAUCCGAGAUACAAGCCAUGAGCAACGAAAGCGUCCUUGGAUGCAUAUACGAGCUGGGUCAGGUCAUGAUUGAGGAUGACACGAAGAGCAGGGCUGUCUUAGAUCGAAUCAAGUUGGCCAAGAACAACAUGCUGGAAACUCUCACCUUGGACGAGAUCAGGAAAAUGCAGUACAUCUGGAGUGCUCUCCGGGCAGCGGAAGUCAUGAAACUUCCCGUUUUGACCUAUGGAGCGAUGGACGCCGCCGUACAGCAAUUAGGACGCUACUGGGAGCUCGGUGAUGAUGUGAUGAAGGAGCUGGCCAAGAAGACCCUUCAGGAGUGGAAGGCAUCAAAUAGCAUGACUGUACAGGAUCUCCGGUACGCUAACCAAAUUAUUUGUGGAUUCAACUCCACCACCAUCGAAGCCAUUCCAGUCGCGGCAUUCAGAGAUGCAAUGCCAACAAUAAAAGCACUGAUGGACUGCCCAGACAUGGUGGUGCAAGACCUUGCCAAGAAAACCUUGUCUGCAUAUGGCGACACAUCCACCUGGGACGCUGCGACCGUCAAUGAACUGGGAGGUAUUAUUGGUGGCCUUGCUCCCGAGAAGCUGAUGACCAUCCCAGCAGGCAGCAUGACCGGACUAUCCGUCCAGAGCCUUCAGUCUAUUCCGCCGGAAAGUAUGAAGGGGAUGAAAGUGAGCCAGAUCCAAAACUUCCCCUCAACUGUAGCCAUGGCUCUGUCCGAAGACCAGAAGAAAGUAUUCAACAAUGAGAUGUUGGCUGCGCUCAACGACAUCCUCCCUAAGUUCGGCUCAGGAGCACAAGGAACGUUAGCAUCGAUGCUCGUGUGCUUCGCUCUCACCACUGCCACUUUCCUCUUGGUGGCAUAAGAGCCUCCUACUUCCCCUCUGCCGCCUCAGCCACAUAAAUCAAAGCAAAAAAGUAUUUUUGUGAACGAAUGGACUGUAGUGGCCAACAGGCAGCAAUGGAUUACUGAUGGAGUGGUGUGUUGAUAUACUAUGUAAAGGUGAUACUUUUGUAAAUAUACAUCAUAAUGAGAAAAGAAACGUACAGCUUUAAGAAAAUGAUUAUUGCAUCGUUUUGCCUGGCCAUGACCUGACCUUCGGGCUUGUAGGAUUCACUCCAGUCGUUAGAGAUUUAAAGGAUUUUGGUAUUAUCUUUUGGUAGAGAACAAAAUCUGUUGGGUAGCAGGGUUCGUGUCCUCCUGAAGAUAAACUGUCUUUCCUUCAGCUAAGACAAACUUGAUGUCCUACAGGGCACCUGUAGAAUUUGUCCCCUAAAGAAGAUUUAAAGAUAUCUUUUCUCUCUCUUCUCUCGGUCUGGCCUUGAUCUUACAGGACAACAGGAUUCAUUUCAUCCAAGUGAUUUUAGAAUUUCUUUACCUUUAUGUCGCUCAGAAGCUCACCUUACAGCUAUGGGUCUCUAUCCCACCAUAGAUUAUUUAAUGGAACUUACUUACUCUGAGCGAAACCUUGGAUUUACAGGCAAACAGGUUAAACCCUGCCUUAAUUCAUCUUUCUAUAUUUCUUUCGGCCAGGAUCGUGCCUUGUGGGCUAGCAAAAUUUGGCCAGGCCACGGGAACAUUACAAACUUAUUCUUCUUUGGCCAAUACCUAAUUCCUGGCAAGAAUUGGCCCUGCCAUAAGAGAUUGAAUUAGGCUAUUUUUCUUUCAGCCAAAACCAUUGUGUGGGCUAGCAGUCUCAGUAUGGGUAAUGUAAAGAUAUUUUAUCCUCCAGCGAAAACUUAAAUUUGCAGGCCAGUAAGAUUUGGCACUACUACAUGAGAUUCUAAGGUUUUCUAACUUUCCUUCUUACCGGGACCUGAUCUUGUCAGUUAGCAGAAUUAGGCUCACUUUAGUAGAACUGAGGACCCAUCUUCAUUUUCCUUACUUGCUGGCCAGUAGAUUUGACCUAAGUGUUGGAGUUUUUAGAAAUGCUUUUAGAUGUUGUGCAUAUCACUGAAUGGGUUCCACAAGUUCUUGUUUCUUCGACUUGAUUACAUCCGAGCUGUCUUGAACAAUUCACAAUGCGAUGAAUUUAGUAUUCACAAGGAAGCAGUUUUCUCUCCCUAUCUGGUAACGAUUAGUGACAUAAUAUUGGGUGAUGUUUGCACUGUGUUAAAUCGAGCAUGCAGUCAAGAUUGUAAACUAAAGCAGAAUAUCUGAAAUAUUAAUGGUUUAUUUCCUUCGUUGCUUGUCAUAUCCAUGCUUGGAGUUGAAACUUGAAAGUAUGAUGACUUAUUAAUAAAGAUUUUUCUUCUUGUAAGAAAGUAAAGACCGUCGUCCAACUCAAAUACAGCAAUUGGAGCCCUGUUCGUUCCUGCUAUUCAAGAGUAGUGAAUGUUAGA